GAUAGUGACUACAACACUCUUGACAAGUGACAGCCCAGUCACCAGUUAGGUUGCCACGGCAAGUAACCACAGUAGAAAAAAAAUCAAACAAAUAACAGUACAAAAGCAAUUAACUGAAGAUUUAAGAUGUACUUCCGGUGGCUGAGAAAGAACCGAGAAGACAAAAACCAUAAGGACAUGUACUUAGACUUAAAUUACCACCAGGUUGAAGGAGCUACAAGGUGUAUUGAAUCAAGCAAUUCAAUCAAUUAGCGUUGGCAGCCGCCCUUAAAUAGCCGCUGAUUAUAAUGGGUGACAGGUGUGUGGCCAAGGCACCGCCCACUCUAUCUAAUUUUAAUGAAGAGAGACGUUUAAUUCCGUUAGCAGACUACUUACUGGUUUGUGAAGGAUAACGGGCAGUGCCGGUGGGCGGGGGGUUAAAAUGUGAGUUGUAGAUGGUUUGCAUAAGAGUUUGAAUAUUUCAACAAGGAGGUGGGAAAGCUGGUGGCACGCACUUAUGCGGCCUGCAGUGUUGUGGGGCAGAGACGAUGGCUUUGUCCACGCUUCUCAAGCUUUAAUUGCAUUUUAAGCUUGAGGCCAGUUGACAUGCACGCACACACUUACCGCGCAUUUUGCUUUCAUCUGGACCAGUGUGUGAUGUGCUGCUAUUAACGACUCCCGGUGGGUUGACCCAUUCUCUCUCCACACUCUCCAUUCCGUCCUCCCUUCUCCCCCACCCAACCCUUUUCGAGUGGGGUAGUGUCUACUUCCUGCACGCCUCCUUGUCAGCAUAAGUCUAAAAAUAUUGUCGGCUUCCAGCAGAGUUUGUCUGUCUUCCGCCGGUCGGCAAACCUCGCCACCAUCUGUCUCCGGCACGGAGGUGGAGUCAUGAUGGCGCUUUUGUUUCUACUGAUACUCCACAUUCUACCAUCUCUUGUUGUGCCCAUACAUAAUUCAUCAACUGGAGGCUGUGCCAUCAUCCGGCCUCCGAGGGAUGGAGGUAUCCGCUACAGAGGCCUGACACAAGAGCAGAUUCGUAGUGUUCAGAUUUUACCGGUGGAUUACGAGAUUGAGUACAUCUGCCGUGGGAACCGUGUGAUUGUGGGGCCUAAAGUCAGGAAAUGUUUACCCAACGGCACGUGGACAGACAUGACGCAGCACAGCAGCUGUCUAUUGCUGUGUCCUCGCGUGUGGACGUCUCUGGAGAACGGCCAGGUGACAGUGAGACCCCCAGGGCCCCCGGUUGAGGGGUCGGUUCUGCAUUACCGCUGCCACAGUGGCUUCAUUCUGGAGGGACGCAACGUCAGCCACUGCACCAAACUGGGAAAAUGGGACGCUCCCAAGCCCAUAUGCCUCUACGACAAAAACAACACAGGCAAGAAGAAGCUGUACAUCGGCGCGCUGUUCCCAAUGAGCGGUGGCUGGCCCGGCGGCCAGGCGUGCAUGCCUUCCGCCCAGAUGGCGCUCGACCUGGUCAACAACCGCAGCGACAUCCUGCCCGACUACGAGCUGGAGCUCAUCCACUAUGACAGCAUGUGCGACCCAGGUGAGUCCACCAAGCUGCUUUACGACCUGCUGUACACGGAGCCCAUCAAGAUCGUGUUGAUGCCCGGCUGCAGCGGCGUUUCCACCAUUGUGGCCGAGGCGGCUCGCAUGUGGAACCUCAUCGUGCUUUCGUAUGGCUCCAGUUCGCCGGCCCUCUCCAAUCGCCAACGUUUUCCCACCUUCUUCCGCACGCACCCGUCAGCCACACUGCACAACCCAACCCGAGUGCAGCUCUUCCAGAAGUGGAAGUGGACCCGCAUUGCCACCAUCCAGCAGACCACUGAAGUCUUCACCUCAACCCUGGACGAUCUGGAGCAGCGAGUCAAGGAGGCCGGCAUCGAGAUUAGCGUUCGCCAGAGCUUCCUAACCGACCCUGCUGUGGCUGUCAAAAAUCUGAAGCGUCAAGACGCCAGGAUCAUCGUGGGUCUUUUUUACGAGACCGAAGCUAGGAAAGUGUUUUGUGAGGUGUUCAAGGAGAAGCUUUACGGGAAGAAGUAUGUGUGGUUCUUGAUCGGUUGGUAUGCUGACAACUGGUUCAAGAUCAAGGACCCAACCAUCAACUGCACCGUGGAGAACAUGACAGAGGCCGUGGAGGGUCACGUGACUACCGAGAUCGUCAUGCUCAAUCCCGAGACCGUCCGCGGUGUUUCUAACAUGACAUCCCAGGAAUUUCUGGCUGCCUUGAUCUCCCGUUUGGGCGUCAAGAAUCCUGAGGAGACGGGCGGCUUCCAGGAGGCCCCGCUGGCCUAUGAUGCCAUCUGGGCCCUGGCGCUUGCCCUCAAUAAGACGGUGGCGCCGCUCAAGGCCAAGGGGCGGCGGCUGGAGGACUUCAACUACAACAACAAAGACAUCACAUCUGAGAUCUAUCGAGCACUCAACACCAGCUCCUUUGAAGGCGUUUCGGGCCAAGUGGUGUUUGAUGCUCAGGGUUCCAGGAUGGCCAUGACCCUCAUUGAACAGCUGCAAGAGGGCAGCUACAAGAAGAUCGGCUACUACGACAGCUCUCAGAAGAACCUCUCGUGGUUCGGCAAGGACGUCUGGAUCGGGGCGGGGCCUCCAGCGGAUCGCACGGUUGUCGAGAAAGAGUACCGCUUUCUGUCGCAGAAGUUGUUCGCCGCCGUCUCCGUGUUUGCCGGCCUCGGCAUCCUGCUGGGUGUCGUGUGUCUCACCUUUAACAUCUACAACGGCAACGUGCGCUACAUCCAAAACUCUCAGCCAUACCUGAACAACAUGACAGCAGCGGGCUGCAUGAUGGCUCUGGCCGCCGUCUUCCCGCUCGGAAUCGACGGACAUCACGUACAUCGAUCGCAGUUCCCCGUCGUCUGCCAGUUCCGUCUGUGGCUGCUGGGUUUGGGCUUCAGCCUGGCGUACGGCAGCAUGUUCACUAAGAUUUGGUGGGUCCACACCCUCUUCACCAAGAAGGAUGAAAAAAAGGAAAAAAAGAAGCAACAGCUGGAGCCAUGGAAAUUGUACGCCACGGUGGGCGUGCUGCUGGCCGUGGACUUUCUCUCACUGGUCAUCUGGCAGAUCGUGGACCCGCUACACAUUACCGUGGAGGAGUUCACCAGGGAGGCCCCCAAAGUGGACUUGGACGUCCUGAUCCAGCCUCUGCUGGAGCACUGCAGCUCUGAGAAGAUGAACACAUGGCUCGGUGUGGUUUACGGCUACAAGGGUCUACUGCUGCUGCUUGGCAUUUUCCUGGCUUAUGAGACCAAGUCCGUCUCCACAGAGAAGAUCAACGACCACCGGGCGGUGGGAAUGGCCAUUUAUAACGUGGCGGUGCUGUGUCUGAUCACGGCGCCGGUGACGAUGAUCCUAUCCUCUCAGCAGGACGCCUCUUUCGCCUUCGCCGCCCUGGCCAUCGUCUUCUCGGCCUACAUCACCCUGGUGGUGCUCUUUGUGCCAAAGAUGCGUCGUCUGAUCACGCGUGGCGAGUGGCAGUCGGAGCAGCAGGACACGCUCAAGACGGGCUCGUCGACCAACAACAACGACGAGGAGAAGUCGAGGCAGCUGGAGAGGGAAAACAGGGAGCUGCAGAAGAUCAUACAGGAGAAAGAAGAGCGCGUGUCUGCGUUGCGUAACCAGCUGGCCGAGAGACAAGCUCUACGAAGUCGACGCCGCCCAUCGGCCAGCCAGAACCAGAACCACAAUGCCCCGCUGCCGCCGCCCUUGUCCCAGACGGACCCCAAAUCCCUGCUGCCCCCGCCGGGCUACCCGAGCGCCGACAAUCACUCGCUACCACCGUCCUUCUCCAACUCGUCUAACUUGUACCCGACAGAGAGCAAGAUGAGCCGCAACCACUGUCACAACAGCCAGAUUCCGCUGCUCUACAAGUAGGCCGGAUCGUGGGGAAAACGCGGGACCCUGGUACGCGUUACGGGGGCGGGUGGGCACACUGGGGCAUCAACACCACCUGACAGAGCCGGCCCAAGGUGCAAGUUAGCCACUAGGGGUCCUACAUGAGCAAUUUACAUUCAACGCAUAUUUCAUUUUUAUUUGUCCUUUCUUUCCUUUUUUUUUGGGGGGGGGGACAUUAUUGGGGAGGAACAGAGUAACAUAAAAAAGAUUGUUUGGAUGAGGUUUUAUUUCCAGUGUUUCUUUAACUAAAGCUUUUGCACAUUUUUACCGAGCUUUAGCAGCGAAUUAUUUUUAUUUUGGGCAUCCAUAUUUCAUGUGCAUGUCUGUGUACCCCCUGUGUGUGAGGGGGGUAUGCUUUUUAAUUGUAGUGUGUGUUCCGGGUAUGUUAAUGCACAUCCCAUAUGCUGUAAGGAAGUGUGUGCGUAUGUGUGCGUAUAUGUGUGUGUGUGUGUGUGUGUGUGUGUGUGCAUGUAUGUGUGUGUUUUUUCACCUUAUUCCAACUACCUUAGUUCAGUUCCUUGUAUUUCUUCAAAAAUCAACAACGAAUGAUCAAUAAUCAACAUUAUUGGCAGAAAUCAAGGGCCCAACGAAAGCCGUUUGAGCUCAAGGUCCAUGUACUACUACACUCUGUGUUGCCAAAACAACUCAUUCCAAUUGGAAAACAACUUUCUUACCACUAGUAGUAGUAGUACUACUCAUCACAAAAUAUUCUACUAGUUGACAUCUGGCACUUUUAGUACGAAAAAAAACAUGAAUAGCACGACAAGUUUGUUUUACUACUGCGCUGAAUCGUCUUACUCGUGAGUACAAAGCAGACUAGUACAUGAACCAAAGUCGAAUUAAAUGUUGCUCAAUGGAGGCUUGGACCGGCUCUGCCACCUGACACUGUGACGGGAUAAAAGCGCUUGGUCGCCGUGGCAACAGCAAGCACAUCUCCAGACUUUGCAGCACAGAAGUCCCCCAUCCUGAGCUUUUGGGGAGACAUUCCAGAACCUUUGUGUCUUUAAUGUACACACACACACACGCACCUCUGUGGUUCCGUUGUCCUGUUUUUGUCACGUGUGCGUGUCAAGACAUUUUUAGCCAUAAACACCGAAGAAGGGACGAGGACAGCGUUUCACAUUUUUAACCCUGAUUACAGUAACGCCGCAAUUUAAGAUGAAACGUACCCGCAUGCGCAAAGAACUUUCUACUUGUGUACAUAUAAUGAACACGACAAGCACAAUUGAGAUUCUUUACGUUGACGUUAUUCUCUUUUUGGUGAAGUAAAGCGGUCACGCGACAUGACAACUUGACGCGCUGUUCACACAAGCUCGACAAGUUAGUUUUAAAAGUUCUUCCAUCAAAGUUUUGUUACACUUCUUUCGAGGUUCAUAUUCUUUGAAACAAAUAGUGUUGUUUUCUUUUUUGGUAAAGUGAAGCAGUCACAUGUCAUGACGUUGCACGUACAGUUCAUGUCCCCAAUGACACAAUUUUGAUAUUCUAGCUUAUUUCAUUUUUACACCUUCAAUUAGCUUUGUAUACUUUAAGCUUCUAAGGCCAGUCUUCUUUGUUUUGUUUUAGCUAAGUGACACUGUCUCAUGACAACCACAGUUCAGAUGUCACGGAAAUUCUGGAUUAUUUUUAUCUGAAUUAGUUUCACAGAUUUGUUUCUACAUAAUUGGCAAAAAACGUUUGCUUUCUUUUUAGUAAAGUGAAACGACAUGAUGUUGGCCUGCACAUCCUGCUCAUAUAACAGACAAAUCUUGUUUUUUUGGUAAAGUGAAGCAGUCACAUGACAUGACAAUAUUGUUAAUUAUGAUGAUAUUGGCCCAAACGCUUAAUACAUCUAUGUCUUGUAGAUAAUUUCAGCGGGCACUUUAACAGUUUAUUUUGUUUUCGUGAUCCACGUUAGCUCAGGGUGCGGAAGUGGCUCGGCAAAUGAAAUUAACAGGCCAUAUUUAUAUAUAUUUAUGAAGCGUGCAGUUAUAUCACAGUGUAUCAUAGACAGUAAGUCAUAUGAAUGCAGAACUACUCUGGUAAAUCUUGCACAUGUAUGACAAUGUUUGUGGAAAAGGUCAUAUUUGUAUUCACUGUAUUAUCUAAGAUCAUACUAUAAAUGUUAAUAUAUUUCCGUAUACAGUAUGUGUAUGCAAAUACUGUAAGUGAGUUUAAUCAAUAAAAUCAGUUUUUCUUUAA